CCCUGAAAUUUACGUGUCACUUCGGGAUAUUUAGCAUAACACGUUGCUGUUUUUUUUUUUUUUCUAAUUUCCAUGUGUUUUUGUCGGCGCGCACACAAAUAGAAAGAUGGCAGAGCCGAGCAAACAGGACAUUAGUGCCAUUUUCAAGCGACUUCGCUCCAUCUCCACGAAUAAGGUUUGUUUUGACUGCUCAGCAAAAAAUCCCAGUUGGGCCAGCAUUACCUAUGGCGUGUUCCUGUGUAUAGACUGUUCCGGAACACACCGGUCUCUUGGGGUGCACCUGUCGUUCAUCCGGUCCACUGAAUUGGAUUUUAAUUGGUCAUGGUACCAGCUAAGGUGUAUACAAGUGGGAGGCAACGCCAGCGCGAUGGCGUUCUUCCACCAGCACGGCUGCACGGCCAAUGCGGCCAACACAAAAUACAACAGCAGAGCCGCUCAGCUGUACAGAGAGAAGAUCAAGACUUUGGGAACGCAAGCCACCAAAAUCCAUGGCACAGAGCUGUGGUUGGACAGUCAGGGUGGUCCGUCGUGCAUGUCAGCAGAGGACAAGCAUGUUGAUUUCUUCAGUCUUCACUCACAGGAGGUUCCAGAAAGUUUGGGCCAGAUGAGCCUCAGUUCAGUCGAGACAAGGGCAAAUGAAGAAGACAAAAGUGGCAACCUAGAGGACGGCCCAAGCGUGGACAUGUUGAGCGCUUCCCCAAAAGCAAAUCCAGAGCCUUCAUCUCUUCUGAAGAAGAAGCCAACUACCACCAAGAAAACCUUGGCGGGCAAAAAAGGAGGCCUGGGCGCCCAGAAGGUGAGUAGUAAGAGCUUCACAGAGCUGGAGAAGAUGGCCCAAGCUGCCGACAAGCGGCGAGAGAAAGAGGAGAGCGCCGCCGGCGACAAGAAUAAGAAUGCUGCGGACGCAGAAGAGGCCAGUGCUCCCUCAAUGCGUCUGGCCUACAAAAACCUGGAACAGCAGAGGAGAAAUGAUGAUCAAAAGCUAAAGAAUCUGGAUGGGAAGAAGCGAGAGCAAGCAGAAAGACUGGGAAUGGGGCUCAGCGGCAGGAGUGGAGUGUCUCACUCUGUCAUGUCUGACAUGCACAUCAUCCAGCAGGAGCGCCCCAUGGCGGCCAGGACCUCCAUACCUGCACGGUUUACUGAGGAAGAGGAAGAUGAGGGAAGGUUCAUAUCUCGCUUUGACAAAGGCCAAUCUACGGAUCAUUUCUCCUCCAGAUGGAGCAGUAAAGCUGAUCCAGACUUCUUCAUCACGUCCGCCAUCACCUCACUGGAUGAGAGGCCCGCCUCUCGAAGGAAAGCUGAGCCGGUGCCGGUGGUGGACACGGGAGAAGCUCGGAGGAAGUUUGGAGAGAACAUCAAAGCCAUCUCCUCAGACAUGUACUUUGGAAAACAAGACAACACCGAGUACGAAGCCAAAACACGCUUGGAGAGACUCACUGGGAAUUCUGCCAUCAGCUCCGCCGACUUGUUUGACGAGCCAAAGAAACAGAGCGCUGGCUCGUACCGCCUGACCGACGUGCUGCCCAACGCUCCUGACAUGACGCAGCUGAAAAUGGGAGUUCGCUCCGUCGCUGGAAAGCUCUCCGUCAUGGCCAGCGGCGUCGUUAACACUAUUCAGGAUCACUACAGUUCCUGAGCAUCCGCUCAGAAGAUCAACAGCCGAAUGUCUUUUUUUUUUGGAAGACGCAUGCAGGCAAACAUGCUUUAUCCAAAGUUGUGCUCAUUUUUGCAGCCGUCAAUUUGGCAAAGUUGAAGUUUGCUGUGUCACUUUUUGCUGAAUUAAUAGCACCUUAAUGUGUGCUAAUGAUGUAAUAGUGACGCGUAAAUAUAUACCAAAUGUGUAUGUAGCCAUAUAUGAAGGUCUCUGGGGUUAUGAUGGUUGUUGUAAAUGAAGUCAAUUAUUCUUUCUAAACCUCCAAAGUGCACUUAUAUUUUUGGACAGGACCAAAAAUGUACAUUUGGUGUUCUUCAUGCUUUGACGCACCAAGCUAAUUAUGUCACUGCAGCUUUUGUGCGUUCGUUAGAGGGCCUUGCACCUUCUCGGGACACUUUCUGGCAAAGCAAGUUUGCAGGCUGAGUUUUUUAUCUUGAAGGCUUUUAGGAAUGUAUAGCUUCAUGCUAGCCUGGCACUGCUGCAGCUUUGUACUAUUAUUUACUUGUAUAAUUACACUUACUGGAGUUGGGAGGUAUUUUGUGUUGGGAUUGGUUUGCUUCCUUGUUUAUCAGACCCCCAAAUUAGGGGGAUGAUAUUGUUUACUUCAAAGGUGUCUUUUGUGCCUUUCUACUCUUUUUACUUUUUCUCGCUUUUUGACAUCCAGACAAAGAUAAUUUCUUUACUUAAGGCAGGUGGUCCCACUCUUGGUUUUAAUAGGUUUAAAGUGUUAUUUUGGUCAAUCAUUACGGCUCAGUGGCCUCGGAUGGAGUGAUUAUUAUGACUUCAUUUUGAUCUGAUAUUUGUUUACCUAAUUUCAAAGAUUCUGAUGUCACUUAUACUUUUAUUAUGCUGUACUUUGGAGAGUCAUGGUUACCUUUUUUGUAUUUGCCCAAAAUUGCAAAUGACAAUUUUUGCCUUUUUAAAAUGACUCCAAAAAAAAAAGAAAACCGGGAGACAUUCAUAGAUGGUUAUUUUUUUCUGUAUCUUUCUGACAAAUGUUUUUUUUUUUUUUUUAUUUACUCUUUUUUCCCCCCCUUUUUUAUUUCCACACUAACUAAAUGAAUUGAUCCAAAAACAACCAUAUAAUAUUUAUGGAUGCCUCACUCUUUUUUUGUUUUGUUUUUAAGGGCGUCUUUUUGUAACUUUAUUGCCAUCAAUAUUUAUUUAAAUCAUAAAUUCUGACCAUGACAAUACAGUCGAACUUAAAAGAAAAAAAGAGCGAUACAUCAAUAGAUGUUUUAUUUUUUCCAGUUUUUUGAGAAGUGAAACAAACUAUCCAGGAAACAUUGACACAAAAAAAUAUCUAAUUUCUCCAAUUUGGGGGGUUAGUUUUUUGUAACUUCAUUGCCAUCAACAUUUAAUUAAAUUAUAAAAAACAUUGCAAUACAGUUAAUGACAUUGUGUUUGUUACUAUUAUAAGACUAUUUGUGUUGGUUAAUAUUUUUUUAAGUGAUAAAAAAUAUAAUAUAUGCUUAAGAAUCCAUGAGCUUUGUACAAGCAACCACAUUGUGUGCAUUCAAAAUGUUUAUUUUGGGAGCAUUUGAAAUAAAAUAGCUUGCAUCUGA